CACAUGUCAGUCUAGUAGUCCAGCCCUAACCAGUCCUCAGACCACCAGUGUGUUGAUAUACCUAGAUUUGAAGCCGAUACAGCCUACUUUAUCUGGCCAGAUGUCCCAGACAGAGAACACAGACCUACAGGUAGUGUGUGAGUCUACAGGAAGUAGACCUGCGGCCGACAUUGAGUGGAAUGUUGGGGGAAGAUGGCAGUCAAGUAAUCCAACAGAGGUCAAGGUCAUGGACAGUGCUACAGAAACCUACACCGUGACGUCAACACUCUCUCUCCGAGUCACACGUCCAGACAAUGGGAAGUCUGUGUACUGUAGAGCCAGUAACCGGGCCUUAUCUGGAGGGACUGAAUCAGCACACCAGACUAUAACAGUAUUGUAUCCUCCUGACAUUUAUAUAAGCUACACAAACGUCACAUACACAUCUCCAUACCGGAUGUUUACAUGUUCCCCUGAUGGUAACCCAGCUAUAUACCAGUUUGGACAGUGGCGACACACGGCGGAAGACGGUACAUUGAUACGUCAAUUUACCGGAAUUUCCAGUUCCACAGAGUCGAUCCUAACCUUACCUGACACUGAUGUUACACGGCGGUAUGAGGACACAGGGUACUACAUAUGUUCAGCCUCUAAUGGCAUUCCAGUCUCGGCUUCAUACACGUUCGGAUCAGUAUUCUUUGUUGUAGGAGCUCCUCCUGUGAUUAUUACCAACACUACAGUGGUAGAGGAAAAGAUUGGGAACAAUGUAACUUUGGAAGUGGAAUUUUACAGCAGACCAGAAGCAAGACCAGAUACUGUCACCUGGACCACGGGAGGUUCUGAUGGAUCACUUUCCGUUGGCAGAUCAUUCACGUCUGUAGAUCAGAGGACUUUCAUAAUGUCAUUUCAUGGUGUAGAAGUACAGGCCAAAGGUUAUGUUGCCACACUGAUAAUCAGGAAUGUCAUGGAUGUGGACUUUGGUAACUACACGGUGAUGAUUGAAAAUAUUUUUGGAAGGAGGAACCACACCUUAGCUUUGACAAAAAGAGACCAGCCAUCCCCUCCACUCUACUUUCUACAAAAAGAUGUAACCGGAAGUAGUAUCACAGUGCAGUGGAUUCCGGGUUCAAAUGGUGGAAUGACCCAGUCGUUUGUAAUUAGUUACAAGUCUGACGUCAGCAAAGACUUUACUGAAUUGAACGCAAUUCCAGAUAACAUGGAAUCCGUCAUGUCAUAUAAGAUAGAUGGACUGAAAGAGAACAUGGCUUACAGUAUCCGAAUUCAUACUCAAAACGACAUUGGCCAAAGUGAUCAGAUAUCUAUCACCGUUUCAACUAGUGAAAAUUGUUACCAGGAACCAAACUCCACUAUAGCUGCGCUGAUUUCGGUGUCUGUUUUUUGUAUUGUUGGAUUUGUAGUGGCGCUGGUUGUUAUCGUUGUGAUAAAUAGACGAUCAUCGACAGGAUGCCAUAAGAGGAAAGACAGCAUUGAACACCACAACGAAGAAGAAAUGAAACAGGUUGCCUUUUCUGAGGAAGCAAUGGUGAAAGAUCGUGAUCAAAACAGCCAGUGCCAUUACCAGGAUCUGAAUCCGAAUGAAAUUCAGCCAGCUUCAACAUACGAACGUCUUUCCAGAGUUGAGAUUGAUGUCGGUACAGAACAAGAAAGAAGCCAUUACGAAUCGCUCAAAGGGGAUUUAGCCAAACAGGAGUAUGAAGAACUAACAGCUGGCGGAUCAAAAUAUGCGAACACCUGAUGGUAUGGACGAAAUAAUACUUUAUGUAGAAAUAUGAAAAAAAAAAUCAUCAAACAACCUUCACCAACCAUUUGAAACAACUGUGCGUUAAUGAACAGAAAGUACAUGGCAUUUUAUAACUUGAAGAAUUGAAAAAUACAAACUGAGAAGUAGUAAACGUAAUUUCAUCCAGGAGUUCUGACGAUCCGCUGAUUCCUUACCUCAGCAAAAGUACAGAUGGGACAAAUUGGCAUCUGAUAAAUUUCCUGUAUGACAGCGAGAGUGAAACGACUGUAAUGAGGAAUCUGUUCUCGCUCCAUAUGGCAAUCUGCGACCUCUCAUUUUAACCAGUCGCUGUUUCAGUCAUCAAGGUUUUUUUAGGAUCGAGUUUUCUACUUCUUUUGCUACACUAUGAUUUAUAAGUUUAACAUUUGUGAUUUUCAAUUGAUCAUAUACUGUCAUGUUUUCUAUAUCUAUUUCUGUAUUGGUAAAUACCCUGAAACGUUUAUCAUCAGCUGAGUCAAUCAGAAAUCGACUGUGAUGUCAUACUGUGGAUAAUGACUGUUUUUUCCUUACAAGGAAUUAGUUUCUGGAUAUACAAUAAUAAAAAUGGUAUAUGUAGGUGUGUGUUAUUAGAAUUAUGUUUUUCUUUUUUUUCAAAUUCGUUGAUGCGUUUAAGCUCAUUUUAAUUUUAAGUUGUGCUACCCAAAAUGUUGCUAAUAAUUAAAUCAAUCAGCUGAUUAUAAACUAAAAACAAGAAGAAACAAAGGUAGACAUCUGUCAAAUGGUAGAUAAAUGUCAUUAUUUUCCCGCCAUUUACAUUAUUGAUAGCUGUUUUGAUAUUUUUGAAAAUAUUUACUCGCUCUGAAGUAAUUGGAAAUCUCAUUUUGUAGCUCUCGUGUUAAAGAACCUCAAAUAUAUAUUACAACGCUUCUCCAUCCGACGUGAGAGCGAUCCAUAGUACUGUUAUCAUAUCCUUCCUGACAUUGUAUCAGUGUUCAGCUUUAUGUAUUCAACAUUUAACCACCAAACUUUGUGUUAACUUGUAGAUAACAAUGAAACUAGUAUAUUUUAUCAGUCAACAUUCACUAAUUAUAUUUGUUUUGACGAUGUCAGGUGUAGUGUCAAUCAUCACCUUUUACUAUUGCUAGUAAACUGUAAAUAGUUCAUAAUGUUUCCACCGAAUAAUGAUGAGUGUAAAAUGUGUACACACACAAAAAUAUAUAAAUGUAUAUAUAUGAAAAAUAAAUGUGAUAACCUUUUUUUUCAUUACAACCCAUGGACAUAAAAUAUUACACAAGCUACUGUUUGGUAAAGACAAACUGUUUCAACGUAUUGUUCAGUAGGAUAGAUUAUCCUCGUCAAGUGGGUGUCUUUCAUCGACCUGUAAAAGUAAGACAAAAAAAGUAUACCUAACAUGUUCAAAGUUCAGAAAAAGUUACACAAAGUUACACAGAAAAAAAAUCUCUGAACAGACAGGUAAUAAAAGGGAGGGAUUCGGACCUAAAUUCUUGAAUCACUUUUUCGCAGUUAUUAAUCACAGUUUUGAUCUACUAUGACAAAGGAAACCUACAACUGAAAUCAAUUUUGGAAAGUAACAUUGUAAUUAAAAUAUUGAAAAAUCGUUAUGUGUUUAGCGUGUAGCUUACAGAUUCCAUGUCACUUACAACUGAAUGGUAAUCAAAAUAUAAUCAGCGAUAUAUUGAAUAUUCUCAAUAUUAUUUAUGCUAAAGACUGGAUUUAAGGAAUCUGUGUAUCUAUGAUUUAAAUCAAAUAAAGGACAUAAGUACUCCAUGCAUGGGCUUUCAUACCAUUUGCCUUAUGAAGGACAUGAAGUGAUAUAAAUAGUUAUUGUCAAGUAGAUCCAGUCGUACUGAACAAAUACUUCUGUACGUCGUUACAUGUGUUAUAUUACAUUAUAUGGAUGAUGAGAAAAAUGUUUACACUUUACACUUACUGACUUCAUUUUGAUAUUCUUUGUUUGGUUUUGUGAUACUGUCAGGGAGCUAUGUGUCAACAUUUUACACGUUGUAUCUUAAUGUUAAUUCUCAAAUAUAUAUGUUUCUUCGUUCUGAAUUAAACUAAAUCACCACUAACAAUCUAUUAUUAGGAAAACAUGAGAAAACUCGUGCCAAAGUUUUAUCAGUUAAAAAACAUAGAUAUCGUAUCUUGUAAAUAAACAAUACCUGAAGUAUUGUCUAAAGUGUCAUUUUUAAGUUGUGCUUUUGUUAUGAGUGUACUUUGAUAAGCAUGCAUAUGAAUAAGGAAAAACGUCUGUUCGUUUCUUUUUUAAACAGGUAGUAGCGACCGGUUAUGUUUCUUAGCGGCUGAAGUUUAUACGGUGUUCCUACAUGUCGUGGUCAGUAUGUGAAAUAGCAUGAUGAGAAACUAACGAAUCGGCAGUAAAGGAACUUCGACGAUGUUUGUUUAGUUCCUAUACUGUUUUACUGUUCCUUUGAACAUUAACUCGAACUAAAAAAAAAAGAAAACGAUACAAUUAAAAAUAUAAAAAACAUGACACCUUCCAGUCGCUAGACUUUACAGACACUAAUCUUUACAGACACUGAUAUUUACACACACUAAACUUUACAGAGUCUAAUCUUGACAGACACUAAACUAUACAUAGAUUAAACUCUACAGAUACUAAUCGUUGAAUACACUCAACUUUACAACCACUAAUCUUUACGCACACUAAUCUUUACACGCACUAAUCUUUACAUACACUAAUAUUUACAGACACUUAACUCUACAGACACUAAUCUUUACAAAAAGAUAUAGACUCUGCAGUCUCUAAUCUUUACAGACUCUAAACUCUACAGAAACUAUUAUUGACAAACACUAAACUUUAUAGACACUUAUCUUCAUACACACUACACUUUAAACACACAAAGAUUAAUCACUGCAGACGUUAAUCUUUUCAUACACUUAACUCCACAGACACUAAUCUUUACAGAAAGUAAUCUUUCCAAUAUUAAACUCUACAGACACUAAUCGUAAAAGACACUCAACUUUUCCGACACUAAUCUUUACAGAACCUGAGACAUUAAUCUUUACAAACACUCAAAUUUACCGACA